AUGUAUUCUGAAGACCUUGGCGAAUAUGUCUUGGUAGUUGCUCCCCUGUUGCUCUUUAUGGGUGACAACCCUCACCAGUCUCAGUUUGCGAUGCAUAAAGAAACAUCAUCAAAGUGUCUUUUCAGAAGAUGUAUUUUCCCUUCUCCUUGUCUGGGGCGGAAGCAUAUAACUGGUGUCCUCCGCUUUUCUUCUGUCGAUCACUCCAGCUGGCCCCAUAGAUUGAAGAACUUCCUUUCCACCUUUGCCUCCUCUGACAGCCAGUUGGAUGUAUACAAAUGUGGUCAUAGCUUUGGCUAUAUAAAGAAUGGAAGCGAGGAGUUUCUCAGACUCAAAGCCUUUGACCAGACUAAGGACAUGCCCAUUAAGAUUUUUUACAUGAUCCCACUUGGAUUGAUCAAGUACCUAGUCAUUUUCUUGUGGAAGCAGCCAGUAUUGACAGCAGUUCAGAAGGAUAGCCUUCAGUGUGAAAGGGUAUCUUACCAAUCCUGUGAGAGCUAUGAUGAAACUUUUCGCAAUCAGCUUUGCCACUCUGGGUCUUUUGUUGGACGCGAUUUCAAGCAAUUGAUUCAAAUCCUAUCAGGUGUUAUGAGCAAGCUUUUUGGUAGAGAGAGUAACCUGAACUUGAUUAUAUCAGCCUUUCAUGCAGUUGCCAGAUUGUUGUCUUUGGUGUAUAUGCGUAGAAUUCAUGUGGGCUUUGACUACUACCUUAUGCAGAUCCAGAGUGCUGUUGACAAAGUAACCAAAGUGUUCCAUGCACUAGAUCUUUUUAUCUUGACCACUAAAGAUAAACUCAAGCAACAAGACUUCAGUUUCAAGCCCAAGCUUCACCUUUUGCAUCACACUUGUCAUCUUACUGAAGAUAUGCUUCGUUUUGGCUCUGUCUUGCAAUAUGAAACAGAGAACAGUGAACAGUUCAACAAGUUCAUCUGUGAGCACUUGUUCAAGACAAACCGCCAGGCAACUUCUCAAGAUGUUGCCAAGAAAUUUGCAAAGCAAUUCAUGUUAAGAUAUGUUCCUGGUAAAUUUAUCAAACGUGCCCCCAUUGAUUUCCCAGCUUUCAAUUUUCACUUCUUUGGCUCCCGUGCUAACAGUGACAACUCUGGCUCAUUGAUUCCAAAUUUGCGCGAUAUAUUGGCAAGUGUUUUCCAGGCAAAUUGUUGA